ACACUUUUUUGUUUGAUCUGUGAACUCAUUGCUUGUUCUGUUAUUGUUCUUUAAAGGGAGAGAUUUUAGUUUUGAUGGGGAAAAAAUAAAGAUCUUUGAGUUUUGGCUAUGGAGUUUUACAAGAGAUUAAUGUUCUUUCCCAUCUCCUUUCUGUGAAAAAUAUACCAAUCCCAGUUUCAAAAACCUGCAAAUUUUUCAAGUUUUAAAUUGAAGUAAAUAGGCUUUUAUCAUUUUUCUAGUAGCAAUAUUAAAGCAAAUCUUCUUCUUUUUCUUCCUUUUUUUGGGUUUAAUUUCAAAGCGUUUAUCUGUCUUAAUUGCCUGUCAUUUUUUCUUUGUACUGUUUAAUCGUCACCAGAGGGGGGGGGGAAAGAAAUCGUUUGCAUUAAAAUGGUGUUUUUAUGGGGAAACAUGAAAGUGUGAUAGGAGGAGUUGUUUCUUUCUUGGUUUAUUUCAGCCAAAAAGGCAGUAGAUUCUUAAUUAAUGUCCUAAAUUUAAUGAACUGGUUUCACUUUUUUCAGUUAUUGUUGCAUUUCAACUUCUUCCUUUCAUAUUCCUCACUUAAAUUUAUAUCAGAUUCUUGGGUAGUUCACAGCAUUAAACUCUGAAAGUUGUUCCCCAAAGAACCCAAGACCUAAAGAGAAUGAAAGACCUAGAAAAGAGCUUGGAUCCGCAGCUAUGGCAUGCCUGUGCUGGAUCCAUGGUUCAAAUCCCACAAGUGAACUCCAAAGUCUUUUACUUUCCUCAAGGCCAUGCCGAGCACUCUCUCUCUUUCGUCGAUUUCUCAUCGUCUCCUCAAAUACCGCCUCUCGUUCUUUGCCGAGUGGCUGAUGUCAAAUUCCUGGCCGAUGCUGAAACUGAUGAAGUAUAUGCCAAGAUCAUGCUUAUACCACUGCCAAACAGUGAGCUUGAUCUUGAAGGUGAUGCCCUUUUAAGUAAUGGCUCUAACACGGUGGAAAAGCCUGCUUCUUUUGCCAAGACAUUGACUCAAUCUGAUGCAAACAAUGGGGGUGGCUUUUCGGUUCCGAGAUAUUGUGCUGAAACCAUUUUUCCUAGAUUGGAUUAUACCGCGGAUCCUCCGGUUCAAACUGUUAUAGCCAGGGACGUUCAUGGUGAAAUUUGGAAGUUUAGGCAUAUUUAUAGGGGAACUCCUAAGAGACAUUUGUUGACUACUGGUUGGAGCACCUUUGUAAACCAGAAAAAACUUGUCGCCGGAGACUCGAUCGUGUUCCUGAGAACCGAAAAUGGCGAGCUUUGUGUUGGGAUUAGGCGAGCCAAGCGUGAGAAUGGAAGCUGUGUUAGUUCUUAUGGAGGGUUUUCGGCUUUCUUGAGGGAGGAUGAUAGUAAUAAAAUGAUGCGAAACGGGAAUUCGAAAGGGACGGGGAAAGUGAGGCCAGAGGCUGUUUUGGAGGCUAUUGCGCUUGCUGCUGGAGGGCAUCCAUUUGAGGCUAGUUAUUAUCCAAGAGCAAGCACACCGGAGUUUUGUGUUAAGGCAACUGCGGUGAGGGCGGCGAUGAGGACUCGUUGGUGUUGUGGGAUGAGGUUCAAGAUGGCUUUUGAUACGGAGAAUUCUUCUAGGAUUAGCUGGUUCAUGGGGACUGUCUCUUCGGUUCAAGUUUCGGAUCCCCUCCGAUGGCCUAAUUCCCCUUGGCUCCUUCUCCAGGUUAUGUGGGAUGAACCAGAUUUACUUCAAAACGUUAAGCGUGUGAGUCCCUGGUUGGUUGAAUUGGCGUCAAACAUGCCUGACAUCGGCCUGUCACCCUUCUCACCACCCAGAAAGAAACUCCGAAUCCCCAACCACCUAGACUUUCCCCUUGACGGACAAUUUUCAAUGCCGUUAUUUUCGGGAAAUCCCCUUGCACCAACCAGCCCAUUGCGUUCUUUUACUGACAAUGUUCCUGCAGGCAUACAGGGAGCCAGGCAUGCUCAAUAUGAAUUAUCUUCAUCAGAUCUCCAUAUCAAUAACAAGCUGCAGUCAGGACUGUUUCUGCCCGGUCUUCAACGGUUUGAUCCAUGCACUAGAAUUUCUGAUGGCAUCAUGAUGGCAAGGCGCACAAACAAUAAAGAUAAUCUGUCUUGCUUGUUAACAAUGGGGAAUUCGAGUCAGAAGGAGAAAUCUGGUAAUGGAAAACAACACCAGUUUUUACUCUUUGGUCAGUUAAUACUUACCGAGCAACAGCUCUCAAGUGAAACUGUCUCACAAGUUAUCACCAAAAAGAGUUCAUUCGAUGGUAUUUCAGACAAAACAAAGGAUUCGUCUGAUGGUUCAGGAUCUGCACUUGUGAAUCAAUCUUCUCCAGAGAAGUCAUCAACUGUUGGAUUUUUGUGGAACCGGGACUACCGGACCACAGAAGUCUGCCUGGAUACUGGUCAUUGCAAGGUAUUCUCAGAGUCAGACGAUUUGGGACGAACCCUUGACCUCUCGGUUCUUGGUUCAUAUGAAGAGCUAUACUGGAAGUUGGCCAACAUGUUUGGAGUAGAAAGGUCAGAGAUCUUAGGCCAUGUGUUGUACCAAGAUGCUACCGGUGCUUUCAAACAAAUUGGAGACGAACCAUUCAGUGCUUUUAUGAAGACAGCCAAAAGAUUGACAAUAAGGAUGGAUUCAGGCAACGAAAAUGUUGGAAGGUCACGGCUCAGGGUACUGCAGACUGCUGAAAAUGGACUAGAAGGUCCAAAUAAGAGAGGUCCCUUGAGCAUAUUUGCAUGAUUCUAAACAGCCAUUGUCGAUAAGCAUGCGUGAGAUAUUUCUAGAAUCCAUAGGACAAUAUAAAAGACCUUGUUUUAUCUCCUUUUAGGGCAUGUCUGUAAUAUAUAGGUUUCUUGUCCGAGGGAUCGCAUUUUUGUUUCGGAAAUGAAUACAGAA